AUGCACGGCAUUUUAGAGCUCUCAUUGCAGCUCCUCAACUCGUUAUAUCCGGCCAGCCUAAAUGGUGGCCAUGGAGCCCAAAUUCCCAUCCGUGGUGGACAAGACGUAAAGCCCACGCCAACAACAAAGACGUCUGGCAUUCCCGACUACUUUGUAACCGACGAUGGUCAUUUCCAAGGCCCAACCCAGACGGGCGCUGCCCCGUUUCUUGCACAGACAAACCUAGCACCCUUUGCCGGUGUGUCGUACAUACCAAAUACGCCAUUGGAAACCCAAAUGCCGAUUCCAGGAAAUCCUGAUAACAAGAACAUCUUCCAAAGCUUGGCAAAUCUUAGCCCUUACUUUCCUAAUCCCCGCGGGUUCGGGGUUAAUGAGUAUUCAAUUCCUCCUGGUGCCAACGUAACAUGGGUCAACAUGGUACAUCGCCACGGCAGUCGCUAUCCCGAAGUUAGUGGUGAAGCAGCCGAGCGGACUCUAGGAAAGAAGCUCACAGAUGCGGCUGGGAAAUUUACUGCCCAUGGCCCUCUCUCGUUUCUAAAUGACUGGAAGUUUCUGCUUGGCGCUGAAAUUCUGGUUCCAAAUGGCAAAUAUGAGCUGUUUCAAUCUGGCACAUUGCACUACUAUCAGUACGGCCACUUGUACCCAAAUAACGGGAGCAAGAUUGUAGUACGGAGCACCACACAGCGGCGCAUGACUGAAUCAGCCGAAUACUUUCUCGCGGGAUUCUUUGGCCUGCAAUGGACGCAGAAUGCAACACUGGAGCUUGCCAUUGAAGCACCAGGGUUCAACAAUACCCUGGCUGGUUACAAGCAAUGUAAUCAUACAAACUGGCAAGUAGCCAAGGAUGCGUACAUGGACUGGGUGGGUGUGUACCUCCACGACGCCCAUCAAAGGAUUAGAAGCAACAUUACUGGUGAUCUCGACUGGACUUUAAGUGAUACAUACAACGCUCAAGCCCUUUGUUCGUACGAAACCGUUUCUCUAGGAUUCUCCCACUGGUGCGGUCUCUUCACCUACGAAGAAUGGCAAGGUUUCGAAUAUGCGCUCGACAUUACCUUUCAAGCCGGCACGGGCUUUGCCUCACCUGUUGGCCGUGCCAUUGGUAUUGGCUACGUUGAAGAAGUCCUCGCCCGCAUGCAACACCAUGUCCUAACUUCACCCUCUGCCCAAAUCAACGUCACGCUCGAUAACAACACCGUCACAUUUCCCAUUGACCAAGCGCUCAACCUAGACUUUAGCCACGACGCCGGCAUCCUAAGCAUUCUCGUCGCUUUCGGUCUCCGCCAAUUCAACGACAAGCUGCCUACCACGCACAUCAAGCACGACCGUGAGUUUAUCCUCUCGCAUCUGCAGCCGUUUGCCGGCCGUCUCGACAUUGAAGUCAUCCGUGCGCCUGCACCCGUCAAUCCCAAGCGCAACCAAGACGAAAUUUAUCUCGACGGCGAGCCUACGAGCUACGUCCACUUCAUCCUCAACCAGCGUACCAUUCCGCUGGGCAAGAGCCACGCCGAAUGUGGGCAGCGAGACGACGGAUGGUGUGAAAUGGAGACGUUUCUCAAGGUGAUGCAGAAGCAGAUUGAACUUGCCGACUACGACUUUGCAUGCUUUGGCGAAUACGAGAAUCCUCCGUAUGGCGAGGUGACGGAUGGAAGGCCAUUGAGGUAG